AUGUUGAUGUGCAAAAAAGAGCGGUUUGUAAAGACCGUACAUGCUGCGGGGCCAGAGAGAGAACUAAUAAUGAUUGAUAGCGAAAACAUCAAAACCACCAAAUCAAUAGAAAAAUCUAGCCCGCAGAUCAAAAACAAAAAUUCACAGUUGUCUGUUCCCAAAAAACCUAUUGUCACAGGUGCACAAGGAAACUCAAGUCGCCUCUCCGCUGACCGAGCGGGCAAGGCGUCGCGAGAAACCCAUGCGCAGGCUCGGUACUACCCACCACCACGUAACCGCCAGUGCCACGGCAUCCUCACCGCCCCCACCGCCGACGAGAACUAUCGCGGCUGCCGCUAA